AGACCCUCAACCUCACUCAAGGCAAGGCUUAGACCACUCGAUCUUAGGAAACUAGGACAAAAUGGCGAAAAUAGCCUUGGGAACCACCAGUGAGGCUGCCCUGCCGGAAUUAUGGAGAGCCCUCGUGGUUGAGUUCAUCACCACCUUCCUCUUUGUCUUUGCUGGUGUUGGAUCAGCCAUGGCUACUGAUAAGCUAGAAGCAGAUGCAUUAGUCUCGUUGUUUGCCAUAGCUGUGACACAUGCACUAGUUGUGGCCGUCAUGAUAUCCGCCGGCCACAUUUCCGGCGGUCACCUUAACCCGGCUGUCACCCUCGGCCUCCUCGUUGGCGGUCACAUUACAGUCUUCCGAUCCCUACUCUAUUGGAUCGAUCAAUUGUUAGCAGCCGCCGCAGCUUGUUACCUGCUAGAGUACCUCACUGGUGGAUUGACUACACCAAUUCAUUCGCUUGCAAGUGGGGUGGGAUACUUACAAGGUGUGAUAUGGGAGAUUAUCCUCACAUUCUCCUUGCUCUUCACAGUCUAUGCUACAAUUGUGGACCCCAAGAAAGGAGCUCUUAACGGUUUGGGCCCCACACUCACUGGGUUUGUGGUGGGGGCCAACAUCCUAGCUGGUGGGGCCUUCUCAGGGGCUUCAAUGAACCCAGCAAGAUCCUUUGGUCCGGCUUUGGUGAGCUGGAACUGGACUGACCACUGGGUUUACUGGGUUGGGCCCCUCAUUGGUGGUGGGCUUGCUGGGUUCAUCUAUGAAAACUUCUUCAUUUUCAGACCAACAACUCAUCUCCCCAUUCCCACUGAGGAAGAGGCUUUUUGAUUCUUGUGGUGUUUAAUUAAACUCUACUUUGUUAGUUUAUUCAUUUUGCAUGUAUUCUAUGAAAACUUUCAAUAAUAAUUCUGGGAUAUUUUUCCUUUAAAAA